GGCUGCUGCCAUCGCCGUGGGGAAUUUCCAUGGAGUCUGUAAAUAUGAGGCACUUGCUCAAGUGGCGGCGUCAACAGUCUCCUUGCAGUUCUGUCAUCUACUCUGUGCAGUUCCAGGGGGAAUUUGAGAUGAGGAUCUUGAAUGGAAGUUGGGAGGACGCGGUUGGUUGUCAGCGGGUCACACGAACGGAGUGCGACCUGACCUUUGACCUUGGUUCUGACUCAGACUACAACAUCCGCGUGCGGGCAGAGUGCGGAAGGCGUGUGUCACCGUGGGCUGAGCUCGGGAGGCCAUUCAACAGGAGAGAGACAAUCCUGACGGUGCCAGCUAUAACUGUGACCACCAUGGGUGAUGCCCUUCAGGUGACUUUCAAAGGCCUUCCCCUGACCGUGGGAGUGACUGUGACUAUCUGGAAGAGAGGCGAGUUGGUCAGGGGCAAGUCCUCCUUGCGUGUGAUCACAGUGCAACAGAAUCCGCUCCACAUCGACGCCCUGCAGGAGGGAGCAGUGUACUGCGUCAAAGCUCAGGCCCAUCUGGACACCCACAGCAAAAGCAGCAGCACUGACACACAGUGUGUCUCCAUCACAGGUCCUGGACCUACCUGGCUUAAGCCCACAACAGUGACUGUUAUCGUGGUGAUAUUAGCCGGCCUGGUGUUUUGUCUCUCUUGGUCAGUAACCCACUGUAGGCCAGAGGCCUGCUAUGCCUAUUUCCGCAAGGAGCCACAGCCCACUGCACUGCUCCUUGAUUGGCCGCUCACAAGAGUCAAGAUCUAUCCCCAAGAUGAGCUUCGUGAGCCAAUCCAUGCCGUCCUUGUAAGUGAGCUGCAAAGAGAACUGAGAACUGAGCCAUCCAGUCAAUUGGAUAAGUGGACACAAUCUAUAUGUUCAGAAGGCACAGACAGACCAUAUCAAGUUUGAUUGAUACUGUAGGUUAAUAAGAAUGGUCAGAAGUGACGAGUCUGGAUUGGAGAAGUCAGGAGGCCGGCAGUUGUUCGGAGGGAGACAGAAGGGUCCUGUGUGGCUCAGUUGGUUAGGGCAGUGAUGCUUGUAACUCCAGGGUUGUGGGUUUGAUUCCCAUGGGGGACCAGUAUGUAAAGUGAAUGCACUACAAUUUAGUAUUUGUGUUCUAGAUAAGUCAGAGAUGAAUAUGGGUGAGUCUCCAAAUUUAGGAACUUUAUUUACAUCAUGAUAUGUUCUAAUUCAAUCUAAGACAAUAACAAAGUCAUUAUUUAUAUACUAUUUCUAUUAACAGGUGGCUAUUCCAAACCAUGACUCCGAAAUAAAGCAAUGAAUGAUUUUAGUAAUUUUUAUUUCAGUAGACCAUCUUGACUUGUUUUAUCGAAAGAUACUGAUCUGAUUAUUACUUCUUUAAAAGAAAAGUGAUCUCACUACCGUAAUACACACACUAAAAGCCUGUAGAAUGAAUGUACCUUAAGCCACACCCCUACAAAUCCCACCAGGUGAUGGGAUUGCACCCCUCUACGUGGCCACAUGGUGAGUAGUCUAAUUGCAAAGAUUUUGAAGAAAAUUAGUGAGCAGGUUGGUAAAUCUUCAUGUAUUUUCAAGAAGUGUCACUACCUAUCUAAUAUAUCAACAAAUAUGUCAAGUACGGUUUUGGGACAAAAAUAUACAGUAUGUUUGCUGGGAUGUACAUCUGUCGAAAUGAAAGAUCGCCCUCCAUAUGUUAGCUAUGGGGAUUCUUUAUUAAAGUCCAAAAUAAGUCAAAAUUGUCACAACCCAAACAAUUGACACCAGUAGUGAUGCGUGGGUCAGCUGUUUGUUCACCUGCACCCGCCCGCAAUUGCUAAUAACCCUUCUGCAACCGGCAGCCUAUAUGUGAUAAAUGUACCUUUUUAGAUAGGCCUAUGUUUCUGCUUAUAAUGUUAGACAUUUUUGUAUGCAUUUUGUGAGUCAACUUGUCUAUAUGUAGAUACAUGCAGCUUCUCUUCUAUCAUUACUUGUUGCCCUAGAAGGCUAAAUAAACCCUUGCUCACCUGAAGUUCUCUUUCGUCUCUUCUCUCACGCAAAACGUCCCCAAAGAUGUUUACGGACCAGGGAAAAUGAAAUAAGAUUGUCUGUGCAAAAUGUUCAAAUGACAUCAGUUUGGCAGUUUUCAGGAAUUAAAAGCUGUGAAAACUA